AUGAGCGAAAAAUUGACACCUGUAACAAACCCAAAUGAUACAAUCCAACUUUCAAAAAAAUUAUCUUAUGUGUUAAGACAUGGUGCUGUUAAGGAGAAUAUCUCCAUAUUGCCGAGCGGAUUUGUUGCUAUCAAAGAUUUGCUAUCACAUCCUAAAUUUCGAAAAGUAUCUUUCGAAAACAUUCGGCAUGUCGUAGAUAACAAUGAUAAAAAUCGGUAUGAAUUAAUGCAUAACGAGGACGAAGAUGAAUGGUAUAUAAGAGCUUGUCAAGGACAUUCUAUUGCGCAUAUCGACACCAAGCAAUUGUUGGAUGAAAUAACAGAACCUAUCAAUAUGCCUGUGGUACAUGGAACAUCACUGAAGGCUUGGAAAGAGGGUAUCAAAGACAAAGGGUUAUCUACCAUGGGACGUAAUCAUAUUCAUUUUGCCACUGGUUUACCGGAUGAUCCAAUUACCAUUCCGGGGAUAAGAAAAUCGAGUGAAGUACUUAUAUUUAUAGAUGUGGAAAAAGCAAGAAAAGGUGGUGUAGUUUUUUAUAAGUCAAAGAAUAAUGUUAUUCUAUCGGAUGGUGUUGACGGGGUCAUUUCGCCUGAAUAUUUCUUGAAGGUAGUCGAUAGGUACAGCCACCCAAUAAAAGAAUAA